ACAGGCGAAGGAAAAAUGAUAUAAUAAAAACCACUUUAACUUUAGGAGACGAUAGCUACUGUUACAUAGCAUAUGACCGCAGCAGAAAAUAAAAAGCAGCAAGAGAACAAGCAGACUUCUGACAGUUGACAAUCGCCAACGCUCUCAAUUUGUGUUGUAUUCAUUUGUUGUAGCUUGAAGUUGGAGCAACAAUCUGUGGAGCUCUUGUUGGUCAUAUUAGCAAACUGUGUUUUGUUUUUGCACCACAAAAUACGUUAAUGGAUUCGAUAGUACGGCAGAAAGAUACAAAAAGUAUUUGCUACGUUUCUUGGCAAAUCUCAAUAUAAAUCACUGGGUUAAUCGUAAAAAACGCCGACUUGGUGAUUUCCCAAAGUUGCAUUUACUUCUGAAGGCUAUUAGCGCUUAGAACGUGGCAUUUUCUAAAGUAAUCAAGGGAAGUAAACAUUAAGUAGAGGUUGUGAUCUGGCUUACGUGUGAUUUUUCUCGAUAAGCAACGCUCAUUGAAUACAAUUUGUCUUGCCAAGACCUCAUAAUGAUUCCUGGGUACGGACCGGUGAUGCAAGCCCUUUUGGGUACACUUUUUACAUGGGGAUUAACAGCUGCGGGUGCAGCGUGUGUGAUAUUUGUGCGCGGCAAUCAACGCAAGUCACUUGAUGCUGCAUUAGGUUUCGCCGCUGGUGUCAUGAUUGCUGCUUCGUUUUGGUCACUUUUAAAUCCCGCCAUAGAAAUGGCAGAGAGUUCACAUCUGUAUGGCGUUUACUCCUUUAUGCCAGUUUCUGGUGGUUUUCUUUUGGGUGCUAUCUUUGUGUAUGGUUGUGAUAGGCUUAUGUCGUAUCUUGGGCUCAACAGCACAAAUAUGAUGAUUUCGAUGACACAAACGAAUAAGGAUAAGGCUGAUAUUGCUAUCAAUGAUAUACGUAAUAGUCAAGGUGUUUUGGAUCGAACUGUAACAAAAAGCAUGGAUAGUUUUUCCGAUUGCUUGAGUACACAACACGGCAACCUUGAGCCACGACGUCGCAAAAAAAACAGUGCAGCCGAAUUAGAAGCUCAGCGUACAUACAUAACAGAUAGUCAACGUAACCUUGAAAACGCAGUGGCGCAAUGGAAACGUAUUAUGUUACUGGUUGUUGCAAUAACCGUACAUAACAUUCCCGAGGGUCUGGCAGUCGGUGUCAGCUUCGGCGCAAUAGGCAGUACUGAAUCUUCCACAUUUGAAGCUGCUCGAAAUUUGGCAAUUGGUAUUGGAAUUCAGAAUUUUCCAGAGGGCCUCGCUGUAAGUCUGCCUUUACACGCAGCUGGCUUUAGCGUGGCACGUGCAUUGUGGUAUGGCCAACUGUCUGGUAUGGUGGAACCGAUUUUUGGUAUUUUGGGUGCAGUUGCAGUGACAUUUGCCAAUCUCAUAUUACCAUAUGCACUGUCAUUUGCAGCCGGCGCAAUGAUAUAUAUUGUUGCGGAUGACAUAUUGCCAGAAGCUCAUGCCAGUGGCAAUGGAACGAUUGCCACUUGGGGCACGGUAGCAGGAUUCCUUAUAAUGAUGUGCCUUGAAGUUACCCUAUCUUGAUGUUACUACUACUGCCGUUGUUAUAUUUGUUAUAUUAUUAACUACAAGUACAAUAUUUUGCGUUUACAAAGCUACAACAAUCGCUUGAUCAGUCACACUGAUUUGGUACAAAAGCCCAUCUAUUUUUUAAAUUACUAUUUACGGAUGUAAAUGCGUGUGUUCUGAUGUAAUUCUGUAUAUAUGUACUUUAACAUUAAAUACAUGUGUGUACCGUGAUUUUAAUGCUCGCUAAGUCGCUUAAAUAUGAAAAUUGCGAUUACGUUUGAAAUAUGUACGAUAGCCGAGCACAAUUUUCAUGAAAAGUUAACGCAUUAAUAUUUUGUACUUUUUAAAAAAUCUCAUAAAACGGACAACUGAGUAUUACUUUUGUAAAUAUUUACUGAAAUUAAGAAUUCUUGUAAACACUACUGUUUUAGAAAUUUCUGGCUCGCAAAAAGUUAUUAAAGCGAAUACCAUCAUUUUACUUAAAUGGCAUACUUUAAUAUAACUCAUUAAAAUAAUAUUUGUUAGAUACAGUAUAAUUUAAUUAGUUUCUAAGUAUGUUUUAUGUUUUGACCAGAGAAAAAACUAAGUAAUUUAGUGAAGAAAAAUAUAUACAUAUAUAUUGACCUAAA